CGCGGCCACAUCCGGGACCCGCAGCGUUGCGCGGUUGCCAUGGCAGCGGGCGGCCUUGCGGGCCCUGGACCUGGAUCGCUGUGCGGAGUGCUGCGGCGAUCCCGCAGCGCUGCAGCCAUGAGCUUGGGCCCGGCGGAGGCGGCCUCUGAGACGGGAGAUGACAGUCUAUCUGCAAUUACCUUUGACUCAGACUUUGAGACGAAAGCAAGAAGGAAAGGUUUCCACAAGCCUCCCACAUCACCAAAGUCACCCUAUUACUCUAAGCCAAGAAAAGCAGCAUCCUGGCGGUCUCUCCGGACAGUGGGGAGCAUGCCUCUGAGUGGCAGAAUGUCCCUAACCCCACAGAAGCUCUGGCUGGGAGCCCCAAAGCAAGGUCACGUCCCUGGGACUACCGUCUACAGAGAGAAAGAAGAUAUGUAUGAUGAGAUUAUAGAGUUGAAGAAGUCAUUACACACAAAGAAAAGUGAUGUAGAUCUGAUGAGAACAAAGCUUCGGCGCUUGGAGGAGGAAAAUAACAGAAAGGAUCGACAGAUAGAACAGCUUUUGGAUCCAGGUCGAGGCCCAGAUUUCGUUCGGACUCUGGCAGAGAAAAGGCCCGAUGCUGGUUGGCAGGUCAUCAAUGGGCUCAAGCAGAGGAUCUUCAAGCUGGAGCAGCAGUGCAAGGAGAAGGACAGCACCAUCAACAAACUUCAGACUGACAUGAAGACCACCAACUUGGAGGAGAUGAGGAUCGCCAUGGACACUUACUAUGAGGAGAUCCAUCGACUCCAGACUCUCUUGGCGAGUUCUGAAGUUGCAGGAAAGAAGACUCCAUUGGAAAAGAAGGUGGGCAUAAAGAGACAGAAGAAGAUGAGCAGCACUCUUCUGAACUUGUCCCGGAGUGUCCAGGAGUUGACCGAAGAGAACCAGAGCCUGAAGGAAGACCUGGAUCGUGUGCUGAGCAACUCCCCCACUGUCUCCAAAAUCAAGGGGUACGUGGACUGGAGCAAGCCUCGGCUGCUGAGACGCAUUGCGGAGCUGGAAAAGAAAAUAAGCUCAAUGGAGAGCACAAAACCGCACAGCUCAGAAUCCCACAGGCCGACUCCCCUGGCCCACUCUGCCUCCAACAGUGCAGCACACAAGCACCCUCGGGACCGGCCGGAGGAGCAGGAGCGCCUCCGAGGGACAGUGAAGAGCUUGAAGGCAGAGCGGAGUGCACUGCAGGCACAGCUGCUGGAAAAAGAUGUUGAAGUGAAGCAGCUGCUGCAGGUAAAGGCCGACUUGGAGAAGGAGCUGGAGAGUGCGAGGGAAGGCAAGCAGGAGAGGCAAGAGCAUGAGCAGGCUUUGCGAGAAGAAAUUCAAACACUCACCAACAAGUGUCAAGAGCUGGAAGAAACUAGGAAAGAGAAGCCCAGCGCUCCCAUGGAGGUGAUUCAUGAGGCCUCCGGAGAGCUCUGCACACCCCCUCCCAGCAACAGGCACUCUCAGCAAGACUCUGAACUGGAUUCUGGGCAGGAGGGCUGCUGCCAGCCCCUCUCCCCCUGCCCCUGCUCUGACGGAAGGAGAGAGGCCGCCGCCAGGACGCUGCAGGCCAGCUGGAAGGCCCAUAAACACAAGAAGAAAAAGGCUGUCCUGAAUGAGGCAGCCACGUUGCUUCAGGCAGUUUUCAGGGGACAUCUAGCACGAGCAAAGCUAUUAUCAAGCAAAACCUGUGGUUCAGAAUCUCCAGGUCUGCCGGACUUUCCAGACCAGAGCUCUUCCACUCCCCAUGUCCCAAGCCCCAGCGCCCAGGCUGAGGACAGCCCAGGGCAGGAGGAGGCCAUCACCAUCAUCCAGUCCGUCCUCCGGGGACACCUGGCACGGACCAAGCAUGGCAGUGGCAGCAGUGACAGAACAGCCACCUCCUCCCCUCGGAGAGCUGCUCCAGCCGCGCACCCAGAGGCCUCCCCACCCUCCCCGACAGCUUCUCCUGGUGAGAACAGCAAAGCGAGCGGUGGGGAGGAUGCAGAGGACGAGCCAGGGGAGCCAGCAGGUGCUCGGCCCCACUCCGCAGGGUCCUCUCCCUUGGGGCUGCAGCCCGUGAAGUCCCCAGCCCUGGAUGACAUCAACUCCGAUGACUCUGAUGAUGUCGUCUUUGUGCCAUCUCUGCCCACAAAGAAAAGCCCCUCCCUGUUCUAGGUCCCUGGCCAUUGUCUCCAAAUGGUGACAGUUGACAGGGACAGGUUAGGUAGAGUUAAAAGACAAAGCACAUUCUAGAGGAUUCAUAACUAAAUUGGAAAGAUGAUUUAUCUUCCUAGGGAAAGAAUGAUACCCCCUAAGCACCUCAGCAUCUCCAUCAGUUUUCUUGUGUUUUGCUCUUUGGUCUGUUUGAGGAAUCCUGGCUGCCACUGUCCUACUCUCUGGGGAAGCCCAGGGGCUACAUUGCUCUGCCACCUCCUGCUGCAGUGCACAAAGUGGUUUUCAGUGCCCCCAGGCACAUCCACCCUGAACUGGGGGCAGCCAGGGAGCUCUGCAAAGAUGGUGCUCUCCUAGCAUCUGACACCUGCCUUUGACCUUGACCUGUGAGGAGCCGCCUCAUCAGGAGUCAGUGCAUGCCACCCCUCCUCAUCCUGGAUGCCAUCACCGACCUUGGUCUAGAGGGUCCAGCAGAAGCACCCUGGCACCUUUGGGGGUGAGCCAGGCUUCCCCAGCUCCACGGCAGAAUGCAGCCAUUUCCAAGCCAGUGAGGAGUUGCAGAUGCCAGGAUCCCACAGUGAGCUCCCUCCCACAGGUCCCUUCUUCCUCUCCCUUCCCCUGGGUGCUGCCUAGAGCUGCUUUCCUAGAAAGGAGUCUGGAUGGAGUCUUGUCAGUGAACAGACACUGGAAAGUGCAAGAGGACACUCACAGAAGCAGCACCACACCUGGUUUUACAGAAGCAACCUGGGGCUGCUUCCUGGCUCCAUGGCAGGUGCAGUAGCCUCCAGAGUCAUCCCCGGGUGAGCAGGGCUAGGAACCAGGCCUGUCAUCCUGGAGAAGGCCAAGUCUCAGGUGGGGAAAAGGGUCAUUUGGGGUCUCAGGGUACCCUCGGUAUGGAGGUGGCUGCAGGCCAGCGUGCUGACCUGCUGACCCCUCAAGCUGGCAGCUUGAGGUGUGUGCUGUAGAAUUCCCAUGAGCCCACAGUUUGGGUCUCAUCUGUGAAAUUAACCCUUGCUGAUGGAUAAAAAUGAAGAGCCUCAGUUUGGAAAAGGUUCUGAGAACGUCCAGACCCUGAGUAGCCCAGGUCCACUCUAUAGAAUCCCCACAAACCAGGCAGCCUCAGUGCCAGCCACUCAGGACUCAGGAACUUCCCAUCCAGGGCUGGCCACUGUCCUCAGAGAGAUAUGAUAUUAGAAAGCUCCUUCUUGAACCACACUGAUGGGGCACCUAAGGGUUUCACCUUCAGGGACAGUUUAAUCGGUUGGGUGCCCCUCAACUGAACACCCAGUCGUCUUCAACAGGGCGCCUUCCAGUGUGCUCUCUGGGGAAUUGGGCUGCAUUUGGCUCCAGCAGGGUCUGGCAGGGACUGGAGCUCUGUGCUGACCCCCUGCCCAGAGCAUGAGGGCCUCCCUGUUGCUCUGGAAUGCGGCUGAGUGAGGCUGGAGGACCUGUGUCACCACACAGGUCAAUGUCCAGUGCCUUCUCCACCUGAGCUGUUUACACAGUGGGUAGAAAAACAAUGGAGCCAGGGGCUGGCUGGUUUAAUUUUUUCUGUAUUUGGACUAUGGGCCACUGAAUCCGUUUUCCCACUGAACUCUCUGGAAUCGUGACUGACUUCAUGUCUGACAUGAGCCCUCUGUAGACCCCCUUCAUUUUGUCCCUUAGGUCUGUUCCCUGGCAGCCUGCAGCCUCCUUCAGAGCUUUAGGCCCACCCACUGAGUGCAGGAGGCAGCACAGGUGGUCCCAGGGUGCCUGCUCAUCUGCUGGGCCCAGGGAGCCCAUUAAAGGAGGGCAUCCCUACCUCACACAUUGACCCCUGGGGACCAGUGGCCAGAGUUCUAGGUUAUGGGGUUGAAGGAGAUUUUUUUGCUGACAGGGACGUCCCUGUAUCAAAUUUCGUGAACAAGCUUAUACUUCAGGAGAGGCUGCUGGGAGUAGAAAGGGUGCCCCAGCCCGUGGCCAGGAUCUGCCCAUUUGAGGCAUCCCACUUACAGGAACCGUAAGGGGCCUGGCCAAGGAGCAGGGCCGAGCAGGUCAAAAGCAGCCCCUGGACUUGAAUUUUCCAAGAAAAUGCCUUGAGAAUUGUAAAUAUGUACAUUGUCCUGUCUGUAUUUUGGUUGACAUUGUUGAUCUAUUAAAAGCAAAUGUUCUGUCUUAAAGCUACCUCAGUAAGUGACAAUACCUCAAAUCUGCCUUCGGCCGCCAGCAUCGGCUAGUCACCCAGUCCUCUGCUGGGACUGCUUGCCUGGCUGCUGCGCCACAAAGGAAGUCCCUGGCACCUGUGGUGCAAGGCCUGGGCUCUAGAAUGGUGGGCCAGGGAGCUGCCGCUGGCGCAGGCAAGAGGGGAAGGGGCCAGUAGCCAGGUCAGCCUUGAACUCCACCUUCCUGUGAUGGUGCUGCAUUGCACCCUCCUGGGUAACAAGACAGCCAGGGACGCAAUCCUCUAUUGCAAGAGUGCAAGAGGAAGGGGCCCGACCCUGAUCUUCACCGCAACACCACCACAUCACCUUGAACAAAUCUACCUGCCACCGCAGGCUGUGUAGGUAGUCCAGCUUUAAAAGAAAGACGCCUUCCCAUGCCCUGUAACAAGCACUAACAGGAGCUGUGAAAACCUAGAUCUGGCUCCACUGCGUGGGCAGCAGCCACAUUUGUUGACCUUGAGCCAGGACACUCCACGCAGACCCCGUCCCUGCUGCUGCCCCCCAUGGCCGCGCUGUCUGGAGGCCUUAGGCGUUCCCAGAGAUGGACAGGAGGCUGGCCGGCGUGGGACGCAGUUCUCGCAGGGCCUUUCCAGGAUGCUGUCCCUGGCUUAGGACGGUGUGGGGAGUGCCCUUCUGAAGAUGCCAGGUGACUUACGAAGCUGAAUUCAGAGGCAGUACCUUGACUCCACCACCAGAUGCAGCUAAGGAAGACAGGGAAGGGGCUGGGACCAACUAAGCUGCCCUGAAAUGAGCAAAAAGGAGACAGGUGAGGUGGGCACACCUGAGGCACAAACCUGCGGCUGGUGGAUUUGGGGGGAGACCUGCAGCGAGCUUCCAUGGGGAGUAUGACCCCAGAGAGAGACAUGCAGCAUUGAGAGCAGGCCUGAGUAAUCCAAGAAGGUGUAGAAGAGGGACCAGAGAAGCCCCCAGCCCCGCUACCAUGGGUGACCUGACUGUAAGAUUGGUGGGCGGAGCCAACCAGUGCUCAAUCCCCAGGCCCAGAGCCUGGUGUUUGGACAAAGCAGGGCGAUGGAUUAGGGACUGUUGGUUCAUGUGUCUGUGCCUUAGGGACAGGCCUCAGGACAGAUGACCCUGACCGCAUGUGCUGGUUGUGUUCUGGCUGACAGAUGUCUUUUCUUGUCUUCUGAUGAGGGAAGGGAGGACUGUGCUCUCUGUCCCUCGGGUGGACCAGAAACCUUCCUGACCAAAAGACCAGUUGCUUUAGAAAAAGACCAUCCUAGCUUGGAUCCACCAAGCCCGGCAGUUUUGCUUCACUUUUAAAGAUAUAAAUAACUUCUGUGGAAAGCACUGUAACCCUCCAGUUCUAAAUAAAA